AUGCAGAGCAGGGACAGAACUCGACGUGAAUAUAAUUCGUACAAUGACCUGAGCAGACAGUUUCGUUGGUACGAUGAGCAGUCAAUGGAUUCGCUUGAGGAUCGCAUCGAGAUGAAUCCAAAUGGCUGCGACGACAAUGAUUGCUACACGGCCAGCCCCAGCCCCAGCCCCAACCCCUCCCCCAGCCCCAGUCUGCAGCCAUCGUUGAUGCUGCUGCGUCAGCACAACUUCAAGUUGAAGGUGUAUUAUUCCAACGUGGGCAACUGUGUGCACUGCAAUAAACGUAUUCGCUUUGCCAUGGCUAGUUUGAGAUGUCGCGAUUGUCCACUGCGUUGCCACACGGAGUGCUGCGACCAACUGACUGUGAAUUGUAUACCACAACCUCUGGCUAACUCGAAACGUGGCCACUUGAGCGACUUUGCUCCCAGUGUGUCGCCCAUGGUGCCCGCUUUGAUUGUGCACUGUGUGACGGAGAUUGAGGCACGUGGCUUAAAUCAGGAGGGUCUCUAUCGCGUCUCCUCCACCAGAGAGAAGGUGAAGCGACUGCGACAUAAGCUGCUGCGUGGCAAGACAACUCCGCAUCUGGGCAAUAAGGAUACACAUACGCUUUGUUGCUGUGUCAAGGAAUUCCUGCGCACCCUGCAUCGUCCUCUGAUUCCCAUGUACCACAGACCCGACUUUAUACUUGCCACUCAACUCAGCGAUCCCUUGGCUGCCGAGGAGCAGCUGUAUCUGGCCGUGGUGGAUCUGCAACAGGCACAUCGCGACACAUUGGCCUUCCUCAUGCUGCACUGGCAACGCAUUGCCCAGAGUCCGUCUGUCAAGAUGUCCAUCAGCAAUAUCGCCGUCGUAUUUGCCCCCACACUCUUCGACGAUGUCGAUCUCAAUUUGAGCAACAUUGUAGUCUGGCAGCAAGUGCUGCGAGUUCUGCUGUUGCAGUCGCCUGGAUUUUGGGCUCAGUUUCUUGAGGUGGAGCCACUGAUGCCAGCGUGCUCGAUGGAUGAUGAUGAGUGGAAGCGAGAGAGCAAUCGUUCCCCCAGCUUGCACUGGCAAUCCGUUAAAACAUACUUCAGAUCUAUGGUUAAUUUGGUCGAUUGAUUUUUAAUUGAAAGCUGAUGUAUUCCAAUUUCUCGAAGUAUAAUUUAAGUUGAGAAUGUCUCACAUUAGACACAUAAUAUCACAACAUUUUCAGCAUACGAGUGUUUCAAAGAAAUCCCGAAUAAAACCCAAUAACUUUAA